ACGCUAUUGGUUCUGCUGGUUCCUAAACACAGAAGACACCUACAGUCAGUUUGUUUCCGUCAACCAACAGCUCGCUAUAGACGCAAAGGCAAAAUAAAACCGUGUUUUGCGAAUAUAGCGCACAUGCAAAUAAUGGGAAGGAGUGUUGUGCACUCCUAUACCGCUGUCAGCUGUGUGUUUGUCGCUCAGGCCCGUUAGCCUCGAGUCUGUUAGCUUUAGCCGCCUGCAGCUGUCGUACGCACGCACUCGCGGGGGCAAAAUGGUGUUGUUGUUGAAUCCACUGGAGAAUCUAAAGACCUACAUAAGUAACCGUCCACCGCUGGUUAUUUUUAUGGUCAGCGUCAGUGCUGUGGCUAUCGCUUUCCUCACUAUAGGAUACUUCUUUAAGAUCAAGGAAAUCAAGUCACCUGAAAUGACUGAGGAUUGGAACACCUUCCUUCUCCUAUUCAAUGAGGUUGACUUUUGCAUCUCAGAAAACGAGACCCUCAAGCAUAGCUUGAACGAGUCCAUCACUCAAGAGAGCACAGUGACCAGCAGUCAAACGCGAUCCAGCACACAGUCACCACCCCUGCUGGAGGACCCGGGGCCGAUCAACAUCUCUGUGCCCAUCACAUUGACCCUGGAUCCACUGAGGCCAUUUGGGGGCUACUCUCGCAAUAUUACCCACCUCUAUGCCAGUGUGCUUGGGCAGCAAGUUGGCCUUGCUGGCAGAGAGGCCCAUGAAGAGAUGAACAUCACAUUCACUCUGCCGGUAGCCUGGAACUCAGAUGACUGCGUUCUGCAUGGUCGUUGUGAGCAGAUGGUCUUCAGCACCUGUAUGACCAUCACAGCAGCCAGUAAUGUCUUCCCAGUCACAGUGCAGCCGCCUCACUGUGUCCCAGAGACCUACAGUAAUGCCACAUCCUGGUACAAGAUUUUCACUACAGCACGAGAUUCAGACACUAAGUACACACAGGAGUACAACCCGUUCUGGUGUUACAAAGGUGCCAUUGGGAAGGUGUAUCACACACUGAAUCCCAAGCUCACUGUCAUCGUUCCAGAUGACGAUCGCUCUCUCAUUAACCUGCACCUCAUGCACACCAGCUACUUCCUGUUUGUGAUGGUCAUCACAAUGUUCUGCUAUGCAGUCAUCAAGGGCAGGCCUGGCAAAGUUCGACAGAACAACCCAGAUUUCUGUCCAGAAAAGGUGGCCUUGUCUGCGGGAUAAAUGGGGUUGAAGGUGAAAAUCUGAACCGAAGCAUAUUGGAAAGGGAAGGGAGAAAACUACAUGUUGCCUACUGAACCCAAGAGAAGGG